GCACUCCGUGCACCGCUAAGCCCGGUUGCCAUAGAAUCUUGCCCGACAACAGUUUUCAGACUGAGGCAUGCCAUUCUUCUUUCCUGCUGCUAAAACGCGCCGCUCAUUCUGACUCAAACUAUUGUGGAGCGCACAAGUGGCCCUCUGAGGAGAAGGGGAUGGAGACAGAAAGGGUGGGGUCAGGGUUCAAACGAAAGGCUCCCAUCAGGACUCCCUUUCUAUUAUCAAAUUUGUUGCGAGACAAAAAGAGCUACAGUCUCAUUCCUGAGGACAUCUUGAGGGGAGAGAAGAGAGGUUAGAGGACAGCGUUCUUUGUGUCGGAGCCCCAUUUCUUCCACAGAGCUGCAGAUAAACUUGUUGUCUCCUCACUGGUCCACACACAGCUCCCUGCUCCUGCUCUGACUGCCGUCUGCUCUACUUGCAAGCAACAAACUUUUUCCUUUCAGGAGUUCUGGCACAAUAAUGGAGUCCAACACAAUGUAUCUGACACUGCUGUCAAACCAGUCUUCAGCAAUCUGUGCUUCAACAGAGGCAACAAUUGAGAAUCAGCUCUUUGGAUGGUACUACAUUGUGGUUUUUGUUCUGGCGCUGAGUGGCAACGGCAUUGCUCUCUGGAUCUUUUCUCGCCAACGCGGGGUCUCCUCCCCGGCUAAUGUCUUCCUGAUCCAUCUGGCUGUAGCGGAUCUAUCCUACGUGAUAAUCCUCCCGCUCAGAGCCACCUACCACUUCACGGGAGGCCACUGGCCUUUGGGCGAGAUUCCCUGCCGGGCGGUGGGCUUUUUGUUUUACGUCAACAUGUAUGCCAGCCUGUACUUUCUGGCCUGCGUGGCGGCGGAUCGCUACCUGGCCGUGGUUCACGCCGUGCGGUCGCUAAAAGUCCGUCACAGUCGCUAUGCUCACAUCAUCAGCUUCUCCUUGUGGGCCCUGGUCACUGUCUCCAUGGCUCCGCUGCUUGUCACCCAUCAGACCGCGCAGGUGGACAACACAACGGUAUGUCUGCAGCUGUACCGAGAGAAGGCCUCGCGCAAUGCGCUAAUCUCCCUGGCCAUAGCGUUCACGCCACCUUUCCUGGCUACCCUGUCUUGCUACCUCCUCAUCAUCAACAGCCUGCAUCGGGGUUCCAGGCUGGAGCCGGCUCUGAAGCUCAGGGCUCUGCGGACCAUCGGCGUGGUCAUGCUCAUUUACGUGGUCUGCUUCCUGCCUUACCACAUGAGCAGGGUCACUUUCAUCCUGGGCUACAGCCAUCCCGACGUCUCCUGCCAGACACGCAGAGCCCUGAGCAUGGCCAACCGGAUCACCUCUUCCCUCACCUGCCUCAACGGCGCCAUGGACCCGCUGGUCUACCUGUUCGGGGCGGAGAAGUUCCGCGGCACCUUGAGGCGAUUGCUUUGCAAGGAUAAGGCGGGGAUGUCUACGGCCACUAGCGGAGAGUUGAAGGGAACGCAUGAAAGCUCCCUGAGUGCUAAGUCCGAGUUCUGAGGAAAAACGGGUGUCAACACGAUCUGUGUCGUUCCAAAUACUUUUCAGCAGGAUCAAAUCAAAGCCCAGCUCUGGUACCCAUCCCACAGCUAGUUCAAGGAACCCCUUAGGGUCCAAUACAACUUCUAUGCUUUAAAGGGGGUGUCAGGACUUAAAAACGCUAUAUUUAGUGGCUUGUAAAUUGCAUAUUUCUUGAGCGUGACUAAAAGUAAAGUAAGCAUGUUAGCAUACUAUGCAUACUAUGUUACAUGUUAUUCAGCAUGGUUCUAUUCUUGUAGUUUUAUUGUAAUCAUCUUUGAUUUUUUCAUGUGUUGUAGGUGGUUUGAAUGUUGGUGUUAAGCAAUGUAUCUAUGAUAUUAUCAUGUUGGAGAAGCAGGGGUAAAAUCUGAGUUAAUGCUAGUGUUAUCUACAAAGCUCUGUUAAUUCAUCGAAACUGUUACUUUUCUUUUUCUUUUUCUUUUUCAAAUGGACAACCAGAAGCUGAUCAGAAGGGAGUGAAUUUACCUUUUGAACCAAUCAUGGUCUGUAAAAUGCACUGACUUACCAUUUAAAUGAAGAAACAAUUAAUUUUGAAAUGGUACUUAACUGGAGCGCAGGGUGACUCUUUUCAAAUGACCAAAGUCUUAAAAUGUGUUUUUUUUUUUUAAGUGAAGGAAAUUCUACAUAAAUAUUUCCGAUCAAAUAUUGGAAGAUUUAAAUGUAGGAUUGCGCUGAGUUCAUGAAUAAAAAUGUGAAUGUGGUUUUCUGUUUUCUCUUCUGGUACAUGAGUUCUCCCUGGUUAUGUAAUUUUGUAUAUUAGCUCAAGUUUUUUCAACCGCCUAUUGGAAGGUUGAGGAAAAAUUGGGGGGCGGAGUCAAUGUGAUUACCUGGCUUGAAGUAAUUAAUUAAGUAAUUCAAUGUAACAUUGACAUUUGAUGACCACAAAACGAUGUAAAAAUGUACAUACUGAUCAUUUAAUGUAUAUUUCAAUGUGUAAUUCCUUUUUAUAUUUUGCUCCAUAAGCCAAUGAAAUGGAUGCUAAUUUGUUUUUACUGUACACCUUGCUUUUAUUAAAGUUCAAAGUGUGUUUACAACUAUGGGUAGCAUGACCCUUUAUUCCCAACUGAAAUAUCUAUAAUGGAAUAGGGAAAUAGGAACAUCUUAAUAACACUGAACUUUUUUUUGGUUGUUUUUUCCUUUAUUGACAUACCCGGUCAAGUUGAAUAGUUUUCCCAGUACUGGUCAAUAUGAAAAACAGA